AUGGGCGUUACAGCCUCCCUUGCAGGCCAGGGUGCCCUGCUGGGCCUCCCUGCUCCAGGGCCACGAUUCACCAGGCCCCUCCAGGUCUACUGUGGCCUUAAUGGCCAGGACAGGAUGGCCCUGUGGAAUUUCUCCCCAAGGUGCUUGACUCCCCGCACCCCACCACUCUGCUGGGGAGGUGCCUCCACAGCCCCGCCUCCUGGAAGGUCCGGAUGUUCUGGGAUCUUCGCCCUCGGUUCAUCCCCUCUUGACCCAACCCACCUGGAUGGGACACAGAGUAAGGUUGCUCUUGUGUCCAUGCCCAUGACCUUGAAGCCUGUCCCAGGCCAAGGAAUGUCCCUGAGGCCACCACCCUGUCUCCCAAGGGGGUCCCAUGGGAAGGGGCAGCUCGAGCCCCUCUCCCUGGCCAGCUGCCCCCCGCCAUGCCCCAACUUCAGCUUCAAAGGCAUCCACCCCGGGUUUCCACACCACACUGGCCACGUUGGGGUACCAUUUGCUUGA